GGUCAGGGUUAGGCGUGGACAUACGUGGAGGCCGGCCUGGAGACCACCAUCCUUCUGGAUGGGGGGCAUGUCUCUGAGGGUGUCGAGCUUCUUCUGUGGCUCUGGACGUGGGUACCUCUCUUGGCCAGCGAGUACACUCGGGCACGACCAGCAGCUGCGGUGUUUUAGCGCUAGCUCUGCAAAACCGGGAAGGCCAGGCCUAGGUGGGCGCGUUGGGUGGGUCCGCGGCUGCGAUUUCCCUUCAGGCUCUUGGCCGCAGGGGCGGCGCGUUCCAGCUUGCAGAGGGUGGGAAGGGGAUUCUGGACGCCGCACGCCAGCUUUCAUUAAGCGCCUGGGGCCACGCGGGGCCGGGAGAGCACAGCCCCCGCCCAGCUGGCGGCCGCCCCCGGCAGGCACUUCUGAGAGGAGAAGAGAAGGGAGCAAGGACCGAGGGAGGGGCGACGUACUUCCUGAACCGCCGGCACACCCUGGGUCGCGAGCUCGGCCUGCCCUGCGCCGCGAUGUCCGGAGGGUCAGCCAGGAGCCUAGCGAAGGGCAUGAAAUCAUCAACAUCAACCUGAAAAAUAAGCCUGAGUGGUUCUUUACGAAGAAUCCCUUUGGUCUGGUGCCAGUUCUGGAAAACAGUCAGGGUCAACUGAUCUAUGAAUCUGCCAUUACUUGUGAGUACCUGGAUGAAGCAUAUCCAGGGAAGAAGCUGUUGCCAGAUGACCCCUAUGAGAAAGCUUGCCAAAAGAUGGUCUUUGAGUUAUUUUCUAAGGUUCCCCCUUUGGUAACAAGCUUCAUUAGAAGACAAAACGAAGACGGCUCUGGCCUAAAAGAAGAAUUGCGUAAAGAAUUCAGCAAGUUAGAGGAGGUUCUGACCAAUAAGAAGACAACCUUCUUUGGUGGCAAUUCUCUUUCUAUGAUUGAUUACCUCAUCUGGCCCUGGUUUGAACGGCUCGAAGUUCUGGAGUUAAAUGAGUGUGUAGAUCACACUCCAAAACUUAAGCUCUGGAUGGCAGCCAUGAGGGAAGAUCCUGCAGUGUCCUCCCUCCUCAUUGAGGCGAAGGCCUUUCGAGGUUUCUUAGAGCUCUACUUGCAGAACAGCCCUGAGGCCUGUGAUUAUGGGCUCUGAUGGGGGCAGGAGUCAGCCAUGAAGAGAUGUCUGAUAUUUUCCUUCACGAAUAUGAGGAAAACAUGCUUUCAUUUUACCAAAUGCUCUCAUGUCUCGCUGGAUCACCUUCUCUGAUUUGACAUCGUGGCUUAAGGCCCUUAAGGCCUUCCUACAGAAAUGUAAGCUCACAUGCUUCUAAGGGUUUUAUCAUAGUUUCUGCUGAAAAUCUCUAAAUCAUCAUCUCUGGUGAGAACUGGA